CAGCAGGGCGGUUGCAAUUUUAUUGCCGGCGCCAUGGGCUGUUGCGGGUCCACGGACAAGGACACCGCGGAGCGGCUGGCGGCGGUGGAACAGGAGAUCAAGGCCAGUCGCACUCCGGAAGUUGAGGAUGCGGCACGCUUCGCCAAAGAGCUGCGGGUCGUGUUCGACACGGUGGCGGAGAAGGGGGGAGACAUGAGAAUGAUUGCGAAGGUCGAGGACCUCAGCGAUUCUGUGGUGCGGGGCCUCAUCAACCGCAUCGAUCUUCAAUUGGUGCAGAAGGGGUCGGCGGAGUACCAGCCGAUCGUCGAUCGCAUCAUGGUGGUCGCCACUGACCUGGACGCUGUGCGGGCCACAAAAGCCACAAAGCUGGUGGACGCCCAUUUGCAGCGCCUGGUGGAACAGCAGACGUCAGCACAGGAGAAGCAGGUGGACCCUUUGCUGAAGAAGCUGCAAGCUGUGCGGGAGAAGGUCCGUGGUGACGCCAAGCUGCUGAUCCCCGGCACCAAGGAGAUGCUGGACGUGGCGGAACAAGCCCACGCCGCCGCGCCGGAGGCAAAGCCGGUGGCAAAGGGCUUGCUCGAGCAGCUGGUCCCGCACUCCGUGUUUGUUUUGGAGUCGGAGGCGGCCUGGUGUAGCGCCCAGGGCUGUGAGGCGGUGAUCAAGCACGCGGAGCGCACGGACCUGCUGGCCGGCAAGCUGGUGGCGGUGCUGGGGGCAGUUUGGGAGCCCGCCAUCACUCCGCAGGUGGAGAGCGUGAGGCAGCGCCGGGGCCGGGAGGCCUGCGCGCAGCUGGUGGCGCAGGCGGAGCGCCACAUCGAGGCGGACGAAGGCGGAGAGGCCUAUGGCUGCCUGCAGCAGCUGCUGCCGUGGUGGCCUGUUCUCAAGUCCAGCCACUCCCUGGAGAUCGUGGGCCUCUUCAGCAAGAUGCAGAGCUACGCCAACCAGGCCUUUCUGGCGGCCGCCAACGCGGGGAACACCGAGACGGCGGAGGAGAUCCGGGGCUUCGCGGUGCAGUUCGACUCGCUGCGCGCGCAGUUCGAAGGUCUGCCGCCCUCGGCGGGGCGGGCGCUGGGGGAGGUCUUGGAGAGCGGCGAGGCCAAGAUCCAGGUGGCCAAGGCCCUGGACACGGUGGAAAAGGAGCUGGCCAAGACCACAGACGACGACGACUCGACCAACCUGAGCCUGGGCAACGCCAUUCAGGCCCUGGAAUCUCUCAAGGUGGCCUGGCCGGUGGCUAGCAAGGAGGAGCCGCCGGAGUCCCUGGUGGAACGGAUCAAGAAGACCAUGGCGGCCUUGGAGAGCUGGACCUUCGAGGCCAUGCAGGGUGCCGCUUCCGCGGAGCAGGUGCAGAGCCUCAUGCAGUUCGCCCAGGAGUACGACCGCAGGCGGAUCGAAGAGUUCAAGUCGGAGCCUUUGAGGCCCAGGCUCACCUCCGAGGCGGCGAUGAAGUACCUGAAGCGCGCGGAGAGCGAGCUGCUGAAGAGUGAGGGCAUGAAGCCGCAGGUGCUCUUAGAGAGCCUCAAGGCCGCCGCCGAGGCGGUGCCGGGUGAGUCGGGCAGCGCGGAGGCGCGCUCGCUGAUGCUGCGGGUGAUGACUUUGACCAACGAGCGCCUGCUCAAGGCCUACGCCGAGGCGAUCUCAGCGCAAGCGGAGAACGAGAAGAAGGAGAUUAUGCUGAUGAAGUUCGCGGAGUCGGCCGAUGAGGUGCGGCAGAGCUGCGUGAUCCCCGGCACGGCCCUGGUGGAGGAGAUGUCCCAGAAGCGAGUGGAGGUGGCGGACGAGCUUAUAGAAGCCAUCCGGGAUCAGAUCACGGCUGGGCAGCUGAGCUCCCUUGGCCAGGACAUUUGCAUCCUGUCUCGCGUUUGCAAGAAGUUGCCCACGGAUGCGCCCCAGCAGAAGAAUGCGAAAGCUGUGGCGAGCAGGUAUAUGGACAGCCUUAGCUCCUUGGAUGCCCAAGUGGACGAGUCCACAUUGCAGUCUGCUGCCGAACUGCAGGAGGCCCUGAAGACUUUGGGCUGCGAUCCCGGAGACCUCAAGGCCAAGAUCUUGGAGAAGGUGUCGCGGCAGGUGCUGGGCAGGGCGCGCACGGAGAAGGACCUCGAGGCGCUGGGGCGACACCUGGACGCCUUGGUCAAGCCCUGCCAGGACGAGUCGCUGGCUGCGGAUCUCUACGAGGAGAUCCAGUCCUUUGCCAACUCGCUGGAGGAUACGCUCUUGACGAGGCUUCUGGAGGAGGGCCGCGCCCAGGGCGCCGCCGCCGUGAAUGCCGCCGAGGCGGCCGACCGCCUCCGCGCGGCCAAAACGGCGAGCGGUGCCUCCGGGGCGCUGAAGACGCCCUUCGCGGAGCGGGUGGCUGGGGCGCAGAAGGCGGUGGGCCUACUGGAGGAGGCGAAUGCAGAACUGGCCAAGACCGCAGGGAUGAACCCAAAGGCCGUGGUGAACGUCCUCAAGGAGCUGGCGGGCGCCUUGGCCGGGCUCAACGGCUUCUACGACGAGGCGCUGAGAGCUGUGCUGGAGCGGUUCCGGGAGAAGCUGGCGGAGGCGGCCGGCAAGGCGCUGCAGGCGGAGGGCGAAAUGAGGGACAAGAAGCUGGCGGCCCUCGCCGCGCUGGCCAAGGAUGCAGACAGUGCACAGCAGGCCUUGGCCUCGUUGCCGGGCUCCUCCCUGGAGCUGCAGAGCUUCGCCGGCGCCGUCUCCGGCGCGCGCUCCGCGCAAAGCUUGGAGCAAGUGGAGCUGGAGCUGGGCAAGGAGUCGGGGAUGAACCCCAAGCUGCUGCUGCAGGGCUUCCAAGAGCUCGGCCGGCUCUGGCCCACGUUAGAUGAGUCGCUGCAGGAGCGCUGCCGCGAGAACUGCAGCAAGGUGCGGGCACGCAUGGGGGAGUCCCUGGACGAGGCCUUGAGUAGCGGGAACGCCGCGAAGCAGAAGGCGCUGCUGAGCUUCGCCAAGGAGUUCGACGCCUGCGGGGAGAUGAGCGGAGCCUUGGAGGCCGAGCUGCAGAGCAAGCUGGACGCCGCCGCCGUCUGAGCGAGCGCUCCCGCGCAAGCGCACGGAAGCGCGCGUGUUGUGCGGUUGGGGCGGUAAGCCUCGGCGGUGUUUUGCUGUUUGUGGGUGGGAAAACGCG